AUGGCCUAUAAUCCCAACCGCUCUUAUAAAGAAAACAAAGAGAAUGAGACCUAUAAUCCAAGUCGCUUAGACAAAAAAAACAAUAAAGUAGAUGAUAAUUUUUACGAAAAAGGCAUAAACGCAUUCAAGGAAGGCAACUUUGAAAAUGCUGAAAUAUAUUUCACAAAGGCAAUUGCAAAAGACCCAGAUAUUUUUCUUAUCUACGAGUUUCGUUGCUCUGUACGCGAGAAGUUAAAAAACCCCGAUUUGGCAUAUCAAGACGCAUUAAAGAUGAUUGAAUUGGAAGAAACAUCCGCAAAAGGGUAUAUUCGAGCUAUCCGUGCUUUGAAACAACUGAAUCAACACACGAAAGCUCAAGAAAUAUUACAUAACGGCAAACAAAAAGUAAUUCAGAAUGGUCCACUCUAUCAGGUCCUUCAGAAACUCUGUUUAGAAUCAACUAAGAAUAACAGUAAUCGUAAUCCCACGAAAAACAUAGCUAAACAACGGAGAAAUUUUGUUGGACGUAGUUAUGAUUUCAUUCAACUUAUUCCAAAUGAAAUUGUUCACGAUAUACUUCGAAAACUACCAUUAAAAAGCCUCUGCAAAGCGACAUUAGUAUCCAAACACUGGAGAAACUUUAUCAAUUCUUCACCAUUGUUAUGGUGUCGCUUAGAUUUCACCAGCAAUCAAAUAUGCAACAGAAUUACAGACCAGGUUUUUCGCAACUACGCAAAGAGAGCUAAUCGCCAUCUGCGAUCACUAAUCUGUUAUGAAUCAAUAAAUCUUUCAGAUUCUUCAUUGAAAAUCUUGGCAGAACAUCGAUGCACUCGUAUUGAAGACUUUGAAAUCACUGUCAACAAGAAAAUAACCAGCACUCGUUUUACAAUGUUCUUUAAAUCUAUGGGUUUGCAUUUGAUCAACAUCAAUUUGUUGGGAACGAUGGCAAGCACGCAAACGGUAAAAGUAAUUCUGGAGACAUGUUCCGCUCUGGAAACACUAAAUAUUUCUAAUUGCUCAAAGAUUUCGGAAGAUCCGUUCAAUCCGCAGAAAGUAAACUCCAAAGUAUCCAAUCUGCGAGAGCUCUAUCUACAAGGAUGUCCUGCUGUCAGUAAUAAUACGCUCGAUUAUUUGUUCUUAUUAUUUCCGAAAUUGGUUAAACUUGAUUUGCGCGAUAAUCCAGAAUUAACGCCUAGAAUUUUCGAUGGUCUCAGCAACUUCUCAGAAUUGGAAUCGACUCGACUGAGAUUAUUAAAAAAUGAAUAUAAUGUUAUGCGGCCAUUCGACGAAUCUUUUCCUUCUUUUGUGAAUUCAUGUUUGCGCAUUAGAGAUUUCCAGUUCUCUUUUUUCACUUCACUGACCGAUUCUUCCAUCCAAUCGUUGACUCAAGCAUGGCAUGAACUUGAAAUUUUGGAUCUACAAGGAAAUAUCCAAUUAAGCGAUCAGACCCUACGUCAUAUCAGUGAAAAUUGUGAAAAUCUGAGGGUAUUGCUUGUAGGACAAUGCCCAAGAUUGACGGACGAAGGAGUGAAUUUUAUUGGUAAUACUACUCUUGGUGGUUUAUGCGGUUCCCUCGAAAUCUUUGACAUCUCUCAGAAUCCAAACAUCACAAAUAUAUCCUUGAUGUCUAUCGCGGAUAAUUUAAUAAACUUGCGGGAACUUUAUAUCUCAAACUGUCCAAUGAUUACGGGAAGCGGAGUUGCCUAUUUGGCGCGUGCGAGGUGUGACAAAUUGAGGUUCCUUGCUGUUGAGGGAUCCCCUAAUAUUGCAAGUGAUGCGAUCUCUUACGCUCGAAGAGUUUUAGAGACUAGGGGUGGAAAAUUAAGUCAUGUUCUAAACGAAAGGGGAAAGAAAUUAUUUGUGUAA